AUGCAUUGGUUCCUCACACUCUUCUCCACAUGCUUACCACGAGACUGCGUGAUGCGAGUUUGGGACGCCCUGAUGUUGCAGGGAUCUGAAGUUCUUCUUCGAACCGCUAUUGCUUUGUGGUCAAAAAUGAGCAGAACAAUUCUGCGCACAUCUUCUGCCGACGAGUUCUACACACUUAUGGGUAAACUUUGUAAAGAAUUGGCGGAAAUGGAUCCAGGAAGAACAGGAUCAUCUCAUAACGUAUACGUACUGAUUAGUGCCACAAAGGCAUUUUGGAUGAGUGUUGGAUGUACGCAAUGA